AUGCGAUCAUACAACCCACCCUUUAUUUUAAAAAGAUCUAAUAUUAGUAAACAUGAAAAGUUUCCUUACCUUCGUUUAGAAUGUUUUGUUUUUUCAAAGUUUAUACCAAAUUAUGUUUGGUAUGAUGGAGAGAUUCAAUUAGAAAAUGAUGGUAAUUUUUUGGCUGAUUGUUGUGAUUAUGGUAAUGGAAAAUAUAUGUGUUAUUUAUUGAUAAAAAGAUUUGACAAAACAUAUAAUGCCAUUUAUAAAUGUAUUAUUAAAAAUAAGUAUGGAAAAUGUUAUGCUUAUUUUGAUAUUAAAAAAAAUGAUAUGUUUUAUCCUGAUAUUAUUCCUGGAAAACUUAUUGACAAUUAUGUUUUAAAUCCAACUAUGGUAUGGAAAGUUUCAAUGCCUGAUUGUAGAUUUAGAAAUUUUCAAUGGUAUUGGAAUGAUAAAAAUAUUUAUGAAUAUGGAACAUUAUUUAAAAGUUUAAUUUUAAAAUAUGGAAAUACAAAUGUUAUUGAGACACAAUUAAUGAUUCAGAAUCCAAGAAUAAAUAUAUUUGAAAAUUUGAUUCAUUGUCUCUUAUCUGAUAUAAAUGGAAAAUGUACCACAUCAUAUACUUUUUAUUCUUUACCACCAUUAAAUAAUAAUUUAUCAAUUACUGAUGAUGUUAAUAUUAUUGUUAAGAAAAUGAAAAAUAAUAAAAUAUAUGUUGGAAUAAUUAUAAAAUAUAAUACUACAAGUGAACCUAUUGUUAAGUGGUACAACAGAUAUGGAUAUAAAUAUGAAUGUGAUGAAAAUCAUUGUAUUACAAAUAUUCAAGAAGAUGAAAAUGGUAAUUAUGUAGCUAGUUUAUAUUUAAAUGAAUACACUACAAAGACAACGAUUAUUGUUUGUAAAAUUAAAAAUAACAAAGUUGACUGUUUAGUAUCUAUAGAUACAGUUGCAAUUGAAAAAAAAAUUUUUGAUCUUGAAUUAAUGAAUAUAACAUUAAAUGAAUCAAAAUAA